CCCGCGCUCGCCGGCGGGGCGACUCUGAGAGCUAUGGGGGCACCGGCGAACGCCUGGCGGCUCUUCCCGGCCGCCCCGCUGGCCUUGCUAGCGCUGCUCCUGCUUGGCUCCCAGCUGCCUGCUGUGACCCCGGGACAGCCCCGGGGCAAGACUGGCCCCCCGGGUCCCCCCGUCGUGCUGGUGCCAGGAGAUUUGGGAAACCAGCUAGAAGCCAAGUUGGACAAACCAGCCGUGGUGCAUUAUCUCUGCUCUAAGAAGACAGACAGUUAUUUUACAUUGUGGCUGAAUUUAGAAUUGUUGCUUCCAGUUAUCAUUGACUGCUGGAUAGAUAAUAUCAGGCUAGUGUACAAUCGAACUAGUGGUGCUACAGCUCCCCCAGAUGGGGUCGAUAUCAAAGUCCCUGGAUUUGGGAAGACUUUUGCAUUGGAGUUCCUUGAUCCUAGCAAAAGAAGCGUUGGCACGUACUUCUACACUCUGGUGCAAAAACUGGUAGAUCUGGGCUAUCAGCGAGACGAAAGUAUCAGAGGCGCUCCUUACGAUUGGCGGAAGGCACCAAAUGAGAAUGGAGACUAUUUUGAAGCUCUCCAGAAGCUGAUCGAGAUUAUGUACGAAGAGUAUGGUGGACCGGUGGUCCUGAUUGCCCACAGUAUGGGGAACAUGUAUUCCCUGUACUUCCUCAGCCGUCAGCCCCAGGAAUGGAAAGACAAAUACAUCCGGGACUUUGUUUCCUUGGGGGCUCCAUGGGGAGGAGUGGCUAAAGCUUUCCGAGUGCUGGCAUCAGGGGACAACAAUCGGAUUCCCGUGAUCAGCUCCUUCAAGAUCAGGGACCAACAGAGGUCCGCCGUUUCCACCAACUGGUUGCUCCCUUACAAUUACACCUGGUCACCGGAGAAGAUUUUCGUCAGCACGCCUUCCGCAAACUACACGAUUCGAGAUUUCCAGAAGUUCUAUGGGGACAUUGGUUUCGAAGAUGGUUGGCUCAUGAGGAAAGCUACUGAAGCCUUGAUUUACAGCAUGACACCCCCAGGCGUACGCACACACUGCCUUUACGGCACGGGGGUCAAUACUCCGGAAUCGUUUUUCUACGACAGCUUACCCGAUAAAGAGCCGAAGAUUUUUUAUGGGAACGGAGAUGGAACCGUAAAUUUAGAAAGUGCCUUACAGUGCCAGAAGUGGGUAGGUCAGCAGGAACAGAAGGUCAUGCUUUACGAGCUGCCAGGAAGUGAACAUAUUGCGAUGCUCUACAAUAACUUAACCAUAUCCUACGUGAAAAAGGUCCUUUUUGGCUCAUGACGCAGUAGGGUUUCACUUUUUCCUCCAUGAGGUUUAAAUGCUUUUUUUUUCUUCUUCUUCUUCUUUUCCAACGGGGAAGCACAAAAGAAUGUUUUGCACCUCUAUUUUUAAAGCUGCUGCUGUUUCUGGUUUUUUCCCCCCUGAACCUUGUUGGAAAUCAUUUAAAGGUCACUUGUUUCCUACACUAACAUCGAUAACAGGCCUGACAAAAUGCACAGGUGCCACAUCUCGGUGCCCAUGUAUAUGAAGGCAGUGUGUCGCUUCUCUGCAAUGCAGAGAAUGUUCCUCUUUCUAUCUUUAUUGAGCUGGAGAGGACCUUAUGAUGUCCUCGCCAAAAUGUCACCAAUGCUGGGCUGUUGUUACCAAUAUGAACCUGGGAACUGGUGAAGCCCCUCCAAAGGCUGUUUGACCUAGACAGGUGUGGUUUAACCUUAGAUUGGCCUCGCCAGGCCAAACGUGAGCUGUUCUUGAAGACAACACAGGAGCUUAACAAGGUUUUCUAAAAAAAAUGAGAUGAGCCUAUUAAUCUGAUUCCUACUCAACAAGAGCUCGCCAUCAAUGAUUUUCAUAUUACAUUUUAAGCUGGUGAUCAAUUACAGCAGCUGCGACUUCCAUACUUGACGACUUCAGCAGGGUCAAAGGGCAGGGUUCAGGUAGGAACUGUUUCAGCCAGAUGCCUUUCACUUUGAAAACUGGAGUGAUUCUCUUAACAACCCGUUUGUUUUUGGAAGACUAAUCCCACUUUUUUUUUGCCGUUGCCCAUAUUGCCAUUGGGGUGUCGUUUAAGUCCGUUUCAGUAGCAUCUCUUCCCCCAAAUCCAAAUGUACAUUUGAUACAGUAUGGACAUCUAUUUCUUUUUCCUGGCGUUUCUCCUGGUGGCGUCAAUUCUCUAUCCUAUUCCUUUGAUCGUAUCGUCGUGCAUAAAGCUUAAAAAAAUAAUAAGGGCAUCACUCAGAUCUUGCAACAAGCACUCAUAAAUUGUGAGAGAGAAAAAAGACACCUAAAAUUAACGUGGGCUGGAGAAGACCAAUGGAAAAGACCUGUUGUCAUCUGAUUGAUAGCAAUCCAGCAAUAAAAUAAUAA